AUGGGGGUAGAUAUCAAAGCAUUACUAGAUAGCGGCGCGAAUCAAAACUUGGUGUCAAGCAAUGAAGCGAGAAGAUUGGGUCUCAAAUUCGCCAAGGAACCAGGUUGGAUCAAGAUGGUGGACCAACCAACAAGGCCACUACUUGGCAUUGCCCGAGGAGUCCCGAUGAAAAUGGGCACUUGGAUUGGCACGAUUGACGUGAACAUUGUGCCAAUGAAGGAUUACAAAAUGAUGAUCGACCUGGACUUCAUGGAGAGAGUCCUGCCUUUCUCUCUCACAGAUGAUGGGUGCAUACAAUUCAGGAGUGGUGAAAAGGAGCACAAGGAUGCCGUAGAGCACAUUCCGGUGAACACUAACUAG